UCCCUCUCUCUCCUUCUCCCCCAACCUCUCUCUCUCUCUCUCUCUCUCUCUCUUUUUCUCUUGCUCUCGCUGAACGAGUUCUCUGUUCCUUGUUUCCGCUUUCGAUAUACGGAGGAGUUCUUUGGGAGCGAGAGGGCUUGGUCCGCGUUUCCUGCUUUCUUUUGCGAUGUUUUUUGCUCGUUUACAGCCCUUGGUUUGAGGUUUGGAGGCGAAAAGGCGAGAUUUCACUGCUUGUUUGGGGGUCUCCGUUCGAUUCUUCGUCUGAGGCAUUGAAAGAGCACCAAGUUGACUUCUCCUAUCAUCAUGCGUAAUUGUGAGGUGUACGAGCUGAUCUUGGGAUUGGAGCUUCACCACAACAACUUAUACAGGGGGGUCGAAAUUAGUAUUUGGGUUGAAGGCUACUAUGAUGCACAGUAGUUAAAUGCCCUUUAGCCUUGUCAAAUGGGAAAAAGUAGUGAAGCUGCAACAUCUUCCAAAUCCGAUAAGGCCCCUUCUUCUGCGCAGGAGCAUCCAACCCCACAAGGUUAUCCAGAUUGGGCAGCUAUGCAGGCAUAUUAUGGCCCUGGAGUCGCGAUGCCACCUUAUUUCAGCACCACAGUUGUGCCUGGCCAUCCCCCUCAUCCAUUUGUAUGGAGCCCGCAGCCUUUGAUGACACCUUUUGGGGCUCCGUAUACUGCAAUCUAUCCACCUGGAUUAUACCCUCAUCCCUCAAUGCCUCGUGGAUCACAUGCACCAACCAUUGCACCAUCGUCCUCUGGAAAUGAAGCUAUCGUGAUGUUAGCUCCUCUGGCAAUUGAAGCACCUACAAAGUCAUCAAGUGACAAGGAAAAGAGCCCUGUAAAAAAAUUCAAAGGAAUUGAUGGGCUUGUUUCAAUUGCCAAUGGCAGUGCUAAGAAUUCAGCCGGAGAUCAUGCACAAAAGCUGACACAGAGUCGGGAAAAUGAUACAGAAGUUUCAACCGAGGGAAGUGAUGGAUGCAUGGAAUCUAGAGGGAAGAAAAUACGCAGGAAGAGAAGCUCUGAAGAUACAUAUAACUCUGGUAAUGAUGGGAAAGUGAAGACACUGGUCAGCCCUGUUCCUACUGUAGCGACUAAUGGAUCAGCUCAUCCUUCUUUAGCACUUAUCCCAGUACCUGCAGACAUUGUAGAAAAGACUGCAAGCACCAUUGCUCCCUCUAAUGCAACAGCAGGGUUGGGGCUCAAGGUUUCUACUAUUGUAAAAGCAAAUCCUGUUUCACCAGUAACCAGUGCCAUGUUGACAGGCAGUGAUGGAGCGCUAAAUGAACAUUGGAUUCAGGAUGAUAGGGCCCUGAAACGGGAGAGGAGGAAGCAAUCAAACCGAGAAUCUGCUAGAAGAUCAAGGUUGCGGAAGCAGGCUGAAACUGAGGAACUUGCAAUGAAAGUUGAUGCCUUGACGAAUGAGAAUUUAAGUCUGAGAUCUGAAAUUAAUCGACUGAGGGAGAAGUCAGAGAAUCUGAGACUAGAAAAUACUGCUUUGAUGGACAAGUUGAAGAAGGCAAAUAUAAAUCUGACAGAAGAGGUGGCUUGCGAAACUGGGGAUUCUCAUGGAACCAAGUCUAUUGGCACCGAGAACUUGUUGUCAAGAAUGAAUAACUCAGGCUCAAAUACUAACAGUGAUCAGUGGGAGAACGAAGGUCAUGAAAACUCUAGUGGCAAGCUCUACCAGCUCUUGGACUCAAGCCCCAGAACAACAGACGCCGUGGCCGCAGGCUGAUCCUGUCAAAAUCGGCACUCAUCGGCAUGUAGUUUUGGCACAUAUUUAUGUCCAGAACUACCUUGACGCUAACCUUGCAGCAGUCAUUGAUUUAACCAAGCAUCAGAACAGGCUAAUUAUAACUCAACAAUAUUACCUUCGCAAUGGCGCAAAAGCCUCGAGAGCUCAGCGCAGAGACUCGAAAUAAAUAAUGAUUUACCUUAUUGUUUAACUUCCUGCUUGGUGGAAUUCCAAAAUUUUAGAACCCAUGGUAUUUUAUCUGAGAAAGUGAGAACUAAUGUAUUCCUGAAAUAAGUUUUUGAGUAUUAUUAUGUGUGUCUUAGAGUGUUUACCGAUUAUCGUUGACAAACAGUCACCUAAUUGUGCUUGUACUUUGUCCGCAAGCUAUCUGAGAUUUCCAGCUGCCAAGAGUGUGGCAUCUUUUUCUCCCAUGAAACCAAUGACAUUGGAUUUGUAUAGAAUGCUUUGAUGGCAAUUGAUAUGUUUGUUUGUGAUAUAAA